AUGGGAGCAGUCACUGGAGAAGAGUUAGUUAAAUGGGAGAAGAUGGGAGGUGUGGGAGGCCAUGAAGAGAAGAUUCUGGUGUUAGUGAGGCUUAGGCCUUUGAAUGAGAAGGAAAUUGAUGUGAACGAAGUAGCAGAUUGGGAAUGCAUCAAUGACACUACCAUCUUAUACCGAAACACCCUUCGGGAAGGUUCCACAUUCCCAAGUGCCUACACCUUUGACAGAGUAUUUCGGGGUGACUGUUCCACUAAGCAGGUAUAUGAGGAAGGGGCCAAAGAAAUUGCUCUUUCAGUUGUUGGCGGAAUCAACUCGAGCAUCUUUGCCUACGGGCAAACAAGUAGUGGAAAGACAUACACGAUGAUUGGAAUAACUGAAUAUGCUGUAGCAGAUAUUUUUGACUAUAUAAGAAAGCAUGAAGAAAGAGCAUUUGUAGUGAAGUUCUCAGCAAUUGAAAUUUACAACGAAAUUAUUAGAGAUCUUCUCAGCAGUGAGAACACACCACUAAGGCUCCGUGAUGAUCCUGAGAGAGGACCUAUUGUCGAGAAACUUACAGAAGAGACUCUACGGGACUGGAUGCAUUUGAAAGAGCUUCUAUCAUUCUGUGAAGCACAGAGACAGGUAGGAGAGACAUACCUCAAUGACAAGAGUUCUCGAUCUCACCAAAUUAUCAGACUGACAAUUGAAAGUUCUGCCAGAGAAUUCAUGGGUAAAAGCAGCUCAACAACCCUAGCUGCUAGUGUGAAUUUUGUUGAUUUGGCAGGGAGUGAGCGUGCAUCUCAGGCAUUGUCAGCUGGGUCCAGAUUGAAAGAAGGCUGUCAUAUAAACCGGAGUUUACUCACUCUUGGAACAGUCAUUCGUAAACUUAGGUUGUCCCCUUCUUUCUUAGCCGUUGUUGUCUACCUUAUAUUCAGCUUCUAUGGAUGCUUGCGGCUUAUUGAAUCUAAAGGAAGACAAGGACACAUCAAUUACAGAGAUUCUAAGCUGACACGCAUAUUGCAGCCUUCCUUAGGUGGAAAUUCUAGAACAGCCAUCAUUUGCACUUUGAGCCCUGCGCGGUGCCAUGUUGAGCAAACUAGAAACACCCUUCUUUUUGCUUGUUGUGCAAAAAAAGUGACCACUAAAGCACAGGUUAAUGUGGUGAUGUCUGAUAAGGUAUUAGUCAAGCAACUACAAAAAGAGGUAGCCAGAUUAGAGAGCGAGUUGAGAACUCCUUGUCCACCUUCAAUCAACUGUGAUUGUGCAGCAAUGUUGAGAAAGAAAAAUCUCCGGAUAGAAAAGGUCAAUUCAUACAAUAUUCGUUUUGUGUUGAUUGUUGACAUGUCUAGACAUGGAACUUCGAAGAUAUUGAUUUCGAACUUUUCGUCUGUUAACCUCUCUUUUCUGAUGGAGGGGGAGAUUCGGGAGCUAAUUAAGCAACGUGAUCUUGCUCAAUCUCAAGUUGAGGAUUUGCUGCGCAUGGUUGGAAAUGAUCAGGGAGCUACGAAAGAAAGGAUGGACGCCUGGGAAGAUGAUGAUUCUAUAUCAGAGUCAUCAAGCAUUUAUCCUUCUGAUUUACGCAUUAGAGAAUUCAACAAUCCUCACUACAACAAUGAAACCAGUGAAAGUAGUCCUGAUAGUAAGUUGUUUCUUCCCUUUGUCAAUAGGAAGUUUUCUAAUAGAAUGGUUAAUACCAUUCAAGAGGAGAACCGAACCAUAUGUAGUCAUUUGCUAACUUUUGUUUUUACAGAACAUCCUGAUGAAUACUGCAAUGAAAUUCAAAGUGUUGGAUUGGAGGAAUCAAGUAAAGAUGACUUGGAAUAUCCUGAUCCAUCAGUAAGUGACAAUGGGGUGUUGGCAUUAACAUGGUAUGGAGAGGAAAAUGUAACAAGUAAGGAGAUACCGACUCCUUUGAGUGAAGAUAGGGAAGAGAGAGAGAACCAAGAAAAUGCAACAUAUGGUGUUCUGGAGCAGAGACUGGAUGAUGCACAGUUGAGUAACGAUUCUCCUCAGUCUAUCUCAGGAACGGUGUCAAAUAGUAGGAAUCUUCAAUUAACAAGGAGCUGGAGUUGUAGGGAAUUCUACACGUCUGGUUCUCCAGGGAAUGUGGAAGAAAUGGGGAGGACUCCGGCCGGUAAUUUUGGAAAAUACUUCCCUGGAAGACCCGAUGGAUUGCCAAGAAAGUUCCUUCCAUUAACUUAUGGUGCUUCCACAAAAUUGUCAAUGAAUGGCUCUUUGCCUUCUAUUGGAAGUCCCUCUAUGGAUGAGCUAAGAAACAACAGCUCAAGAACAUUCAGUAAUGAGGAUAUUACUAGCCUCCAAACUUUUGUUGCUGGGAUGAAGGAAAUGGUCAAACUUGAGUAUGAGAAGCAGAUUGUUGACGAUGAUCAGGAUCAGAAGGCAGAGACAACAUCUUUCAGAUUUGAAAAGAAUAUGAAAGAUGUAGGUGUGGAUUCAACGUUAGAGGCACCUGGAUCUCCUGUGGAAUGGGCUCUACGAUUCAAGCAGCAGCAGAGAGAAAUAUUGGAACUGUGGGAAGCCUGCAAUGUAUCAUUGUUCCACCGGACUUACUUCUUUCUUUUGUUCAGGGGUGAUCCAACAGACUCUAUUUACAUGGAGGUGGAGCUUAGAAGAUUAUCUUUCCUCAAAGGAACAUUUUUUGGUGGAAAUCAGUCGAUGAACGAUGCUCCCAUAGUGACAUUAGCUUCAAGCGCAAAGGGUGUUAGGGGGGAGAGAGAGAUGCUGGUGAAGCUUAUGCAGAGAAGGCUAUCAGAGGAAGAGCGGAGGAAGCUUUUCAGCAAGUGGGGCAUUGCAUUGGAUUCAAAGCGCAGGAGGAAGCAGCUGGCGAAUCGCAUAUGGAGCAACACAGACAUGAAGCAUGUCAUGGAGAGUGCUGCGCUUGUUGCAAAGCUAGUGAGGUUUAGUGGGCAAGGUAAUGCCUUGAAGGAGAUGUUUGGCCUUAGCUUCUCACCACAUCGAAUCUCAUAUUCCAGGAGAAGUAGCAUGGCCUCUCUGUUUUAG